AUGCUGAAGAGUAUUAUUUGCUCUGUUGAUACUGCUACAACAUUAAUGGGAUGGCGGGGAUGUACUAAGCGUGCAAUUAUUAAAGCAUUACGGAGGAUGGUAGUAAUCUGCAUGAACUGCGCAUCAUUGCAGAUAGCUAUGGUCGAACAGCAACAUGACGCAAAAUGGAAGAGAAUUCAACUGAAUACUUUCACUCGUUGGGUUAAGCAGAAGUUGGAACAGGUGAACGUAACUGUGUCUGAUUUGAAAACCGAUUUUGAAGAAGGCCUGAAAUUAAUUCGUUUGGUUGAAGUACUUUCUGGAAAGUCAUUUGGUCGUCAUAAUAAAAAAGUCAUAUUUCGCCAUCAAAAACUUGAAAAUAUUUCUCUUGCGCUGCAAUUUUUGGAAAAUGAAGAACAUAUAAAGCUCAUUAAUAUUGACAGUUCAGCAAUAGCGAACCACAAUCUGAAGUUAAUUUUGGGUCUCGUGUGGACACUUAUUUUACAUUACUCCAUCCCGAAACAAGUUUGGGAUCAUCCAAGUGGUGAAUUAGGAAGUAAUGAAGUAUCAGCUAAAGAAAAGCUCCUGACUUGGAUAAGAGCUAAGUUACCAACCGAACUUUCCGUUACCAAUUUUACCUUCGAUUGGAAUGAUGGAAUUCUUCUUGGUGCUUUGGUCGAUUCUUGCGCUCCAGAUUUGGAAGUUGGUUGGCGAAAAUGGUCACCAUCAGAAGCUUUACAAUCAACUUUUACUGCAAUGCGACUUGCUAGUGAUUAUCUCGGUGUGACUGCACUUAUUGAACCUGAGGAAUUGAUCAGUCCGGACGUUGAUGAAAAAAGCGUUAUGACUUAUCUUUUACAAUUUCCUGGUGCAAAGUAUAUUCCAUCACUUGGUCGACUUUGUGAUGUUGUGUUGAUGCCAGUAGUUGGAGUCACUACGGGAUUUACACUUCAAACACGCGAUGCGAUGGUAGUUCCGGAAGUCUUCAUCAAUGGACCGAAUGAAUCUUUAGUUCAUUAUACCCAAUGUCGGCUUUCAGAUACUGUUUAUGAAUUCAAAUAUCAACCAGAAACUCCAGGCGAACAUAAGAUUAUGGCGACAGUUCGUGAUAAUGCGUCUGGUGACUUAGCUAAGUUGACAACAACCAAAAUUAUGGCAGUUGAAGGAAUGGAUACCUCUUCGAUUUUGGUGGAUGGUCUCAAAAAUGAAACCGUAGCAGUUGGGCAGAGAAAAGAUAUUGCUAUUGAUAUUGGAAACUUGAAACCUGUGAAAAAUGGCGUGGAAGUUACUGUGGAGGAAAUUGGAAAAGUUGAUGGGUCAAAAUAUUUGAUAUCUCUUGAACAUGAGCGUAAUUCAAACAUUUAUAGAGGUUUCUGGACAGCAGAAAAAUUAGGAAAAACGAAAAUAUGUGUUUUUUUCGACGAAAACUUAGUUCGGGAAUAUAUAGUUAUUGUUCGAUAUGACGAGGACGCAAAUAAAUGCCGAGCGAUUGGUGAAGGACUUCAGCAUGCUGUUGUUGGUAUGCCAGCGAAAUUUCUGGUUGACGUGAAGGAUGGCGGGAAGGGCAAAACGGAAGUAUCGAUCAAAGGACCUUCAAAAGUGAAAACAAAUGUGGUGGAUAAUAAUAACGGUCUUUGCACAGUAGAGUACACUACGGAGACUCCUGGACUGUACGAAAUAAUGAUUUAUUAUGGAGAGAGAAAGAAACAAAUCCCAGGUUCUCCAUUCAUGUUGCUAACCGAUUACGAGCGUGACCCAUCGAAAAUUGUAAUAACCGAAAGUAGUAAUGGACUUGCUCGUGUUGGAGUACCAACUUCGCUUACUGUUGAUGCUACGCUCACUGCAUUAGAGCCAGUAAGCGCGCGUCUUCCUGCUGAUUUCGAACAGCCGACUGUUGAAGAAAUCAGACCUCGAGUAUAUCGAGUUACUUUCAUCCCAAGCGCUACGACAAACGGAACAAUAGCAUUGGAACUUCUGUAUGGAGGCGAACUUAUUGGAAAACCACUUAUUUUCGUCGUCGAAGCCGAAGAGGGGUGUGUAGUAUUGAAAAAUCGUUCUGGUGGUUUCCUGCCGUCAGUAAUGCAAGCCUCUGUUCAAUUUGAAGCCCUGAUCGACGUUACGGCAGUCGGAAAAAUUGAUGAAUUAGUUGCGGAAAUAAAAGGUCCAGAUGGCAAGUUGCGGAAAUCAGCGCUUACCGAAGACUGCAACAAGGGAAUGUAUUUAUUGGAUUUCGUACCAGACUUGGCAGGAAUGUAUGUUGUCGUAAUAUACGUCAAUGGGAAACCGUUUUCAGACCCGUAUAGGCUAACUGCUGUACCCGUGGGCUCGGCAAAUAAAUGCUUCGUGGAAUCAAAAUCACUUGAUAAGUUUUGGACUGCUGGAGAACCAAAAGUUUUUGUGGUGAGCACUAAGGAUGGAGGAGAAGGAGCAUUAAAUGUGCUUACUGAUAACGUUGACUUGGAAACAAAAAUUGAGAAGAAAGAGGAUGGCUUUUACAUCGUAACACUUACGCCACAUGUUGAAGGGCAGCAUCGGGUUGCGUUAAUGUAUGGAGGUGUUGAUAUACCUGAUGGAACAUUCGAUUUCGAGUGUGUUUCAUCUUCUUUGGAUGAAAAUGUUCCUGGAACAGCGGAGUCUAGAGAUGAUGAACAUUUGAUACCUCACAGUUUUCGUUUUGCUGUUGCUACAGAGUAUCAGUUCAACAAACUUACUGCUUCCGUCAAAAUGCCAUCUGGCACAGACGAUACUGCAUACAUGAAUUAUAAUGGGGACGGAAGUGUGACGGUGACGUAUCACCCAAAAGAAUGUGGCAGUCAUCAGUUGUUCAUACAACAUGAUGGCAUUAAUAUGUCCGGAAGUCCAAUUUCAUUUUAUGUGAAUGAAGCACAUGAAGAAUAUGCGACAGUAUAUGGUCCUGGCUUGUUGCAAGCGGUCGUCGGUGAACCAGCAGCAUUUACAGUUUGCGCGAAAGGUUCGCCCACCAAAAAUUUAUCUGUCGCUAUUGAAGGCGCAGCAAAAGCUACGAUCAAAUGCCAUGACAACAAGGAUGGCACAUGCUCCGUAGUAUGGACACCUCCUGUGCCUGGGAAAUACAAAGUUCACGUCAAGCUUUCUGGAAAACCAGUGAGGAAUUCCCCCUUCGUUGUAUUUGUGUCAGAUAAAGGUCAAAAGCGAGCGCAUUUGUCUCUUAAAUCGACAGCAUUAUCGGAGAUCACAAUUAAUAUCAACAAUACAGGAAUUGAAGACUUAGUAGCAUCAGUUAGAAGUCCAAAUGGGAUUGCAGAACCAUGCAUUAUUCGUCAGAUUGAUCCUGCUCACAUCGGCAUCUCAUUCUUACCACAUGAAAUGGGUGAACAUUCAGUCACUGUUAAAAAGAAUGAGCAGAUUAUACAAAAAUCAAGCUUCCGAGUUGAAGACAUUAAAAAUCAAGCUAAAGAUGCGUCCAAAGUUGCUGUUAGUGGAGAAGGUAAAGCAAAUGCUUUAUGUCAGCAAGACAAUAUUUUUGAAAUUGACACGCGUAAUGCUGGUUCUGGUGAUUUGUCAGUAUCAAUUCAGGGACCGUCAGAAGCAGAAUUGAGAUGUAAUGAAAAUAAAGGAGGUCUAGCUAAUAUUGUUUAUAGACCAACCGAACCUGGAAUUUACAUUUUGUCGGUGAAAUUUGCUGGUGCGCAUGUAAACGGUAGCCCAUUCACAAUUAACUGUACCGGAGAGGGAUUGGGUAUCAUGAAAGAAAGCGCCAGUUUGAAAAUGAAACAGGCACCAGUGGUUUUACCUGGACAAGAUACUGCCAUAUAUUUGCAACUGGAAAAUGUAUCACCAAUGGACACAAAAGCAAAAAUCGUUGAUCCUAAUGGAUGCAGCAAAGAAAUUGAAGUUCGUGAUCUUGGUGAUCACCUUUAUGGCAUUGAAUUCACCCCUGCAUUAGAUGGGCCGCAUGCAAUUUCUAUUUUCUGUAAAGGACAGCAUGUUUCAGGGAGUCCUUUCCAGUUCACUGUAGGACAUUUGAAUGAAGUGGGCGCACAUAAAGUACGAGCAGCAGGAGUUGGAUUGAAUCGAGCAGAAACUAACAAGAAACAGUCUUUCAAUCUUUACACUCGGGAGGCUGGACGAGGAGAACUUGAAGUAACUGUAGAGGGACCAUCAAAGGCCGACUUGCAAUUCCAUGAACAUGAGGAUGGAAACUGUCAUUUGGGCUAUAAAAUUACAAAGUCCGGAGAAUAUCUUAUAUCAGUCAAAUUCAAUGCUGAACAUAUACCAGACUCACCAUUCAAAGUGGUUGCUGUUUCUGAAGUUGGAGAAGCUCGCCGCCUGGAAUUAACAUCACUCGCAGAUUCUGGAACGCCAGGUGAAAUAUGUUCUUUUAUAAUAAAUACGCAUGGCGCAACAGGUCAUCUUGAAGCAAAACUUCAUACGCCGAGCAACAGGAUUGAAAUAGUCGAUAUCCUCCCAGUUGAUGAAAAUGACUCGUACUGCGUCAGAUUCAUUCCUAUAGAGACUGGAGACUAUUAUGUCAAUGUAACGCUUGAUGAUGCACCUAUGCAUGACUCACCUUUCCGAUUCCGCAUUGGCACAGGUUGGGAUAAUGAUCCAUCAGUAAUAACAGUGGUCGGUGACGGUAUUCGUGGCGGACAAACUGGCGAGCUCUCAUCAUUUAUAAUCAAUACUUGCAACGCCGGAAUAGGACUUCUCCAAAUACGAUUUGAUGGACCAUCAGAAGUUACCUUGAAUGCAUGUGAUUCAUCAUUCUUUUCAAGUAAUUAUCAUUAUUUUUUUCAUGUGGAAGAAGGUUACAAAGUGUGUUACAUUGCAUUAGCACCUGGACCAUAUUAUGUAACUAUCAAAUAUUCAGGUAUUCAUAUUCCUGGUUCUCCAUUCAAGAUAGUUGUAGAAGGUAAAAAACUUGGUGGUGGCAAGCCAGGCAGUACAUCCUUGAAGAUCGAUGCGCACGUUAGAGUCGGAAAGAAUAUAAUUGGACAGGCUCCAGUUUUUUCCGGUGAUGCAAGCAAAGUUAUAGUGACGGGACCUGGCCUGAAUAAAUUUUUUCCUGGCCACUUAGCCGUCUUCAACAUCGACACUGGUCUAGCAGGAGACAAUAUUUUGUAUGUUGGUCUACUGACAUCGAAAGGGCCAUGUCAACAAAUUGCUUUGCAACAUCUUGGUGAUGGUCAGUAUGUAGUGAAGUAUCUUGUUCAGGAAGAAGUUACAGGUUUUAUUUUUAUCAAGUACGGCGAUGUGAAUGUACCGGGCUCACCGUUUGCUAUUUCAUUUUAA